GAGAGUGUGACUAAUCGCCAUUUAUUUCUACCUUUUAUAUGGGCUAGAUUGCCACCCUGAACAGGCUAGUUAGUUUUAGUCCACUGCCUUAAUUGUAUGUUUAAGUUACGCUGAAGAUAUUGGAACAAAUAAAUAUGAAAAUAUAUUUCUUGGUGUUCCUCUUCAGUGUGAUUGUUAUUAGCCAAGUAAAUGCUAAACCAAAAUCACAAUUCAAUCAAAAUUAUGGUAACAAUUACCGAAAUUAUCUCAGUAGACGCAGUGGAUCUUUAGAUGGCGAACUUUCAUCACUUGAAACCCUAGACACGGAACAAAGACUAGAUGUAAAAAAAAAUCAUGCAAAAACUGAAGUGACAGCUUUGACUUCAGACAUCGGAGUGAUUCCGCCACUGAAAAACAGACAUCAAAAUGAUGAUUCCGUAAAAUCAAGAGGAAAAUCACUUAACGGCGUCGCGGAUUUAGGACUGACUGACCGAUAUGCAAAUGAUAAAUCAGUACAUUCAGAAUUGUUAUCUAGUGUAGAUCGCGCAGAUCCUGUGGGAUUAGCUGUACAUAAUCGGGCAUCGACUAACAGUCAUGCAAAUGCAAAUUCUGCAGUGAAUGAUUUGGUGGGACACUUUAAUAGCCAGUCACUUGCUGAUGCCUCAGUGAAUGGUUGGGGCCACGCUAAUAGUCAGUCAAAUGCUGAUGCCUCAGUAAAUGGAUGGGGACAAGCUAACAGCCAAUCAAAUGCUGACGCUUCAAUAAAUGGUUGGGGACAAGCUAAUAGUCAGUCAAAUGCUGAUGCCUCAGUAAAUGGUUGGGGCCACGCUAAUAGUCAGUCAAAUGCUGAUGCCUCAGUAAAUGGUUGGGGCCACGCUAAUAGUCAGUCAAAUGCUGAUGCUUCAGUGUAUGGCUGGGGGCACGCUAACAGUCAGUCAAUUGCUGAUGCCUCAGUAGAUGGUUUGGUGGGACAGACUAAUAGCCAGUCACUUGCUGAUACUUCAGCAAAUAAUUGGGGAAAUUCUUACAGUCAAUCAAAUGCGGAUGCCUCAGUAAAUGGUUGGGGUCACGCUGACAGUCAAUCAAAUGCUGAUGCCUCAGUAAAUGGUUGGGGCCACGCUGACAGUCAAUCAAAUGCGGAUGCCUCAGUAAAUGGUUGGGGUCACGCUGACAGUCAUUCAAAUGCUGAUGCCUCAGUAAAUGGUUGGGGUCACGCUGACAGUCAUUCAAAUGCUGAUGCCUCAGUAAAUGGUUGGGGCCACGCUGACAGUCAAUCAAAUGCUGAUGCCUCAGUAAAUGGUUGGGGCCACGCUGACAGUCAUUCAAAUGCUGAUGCCUCACUAAAUGGUUGGGGUCACGCUAAUAGUCAGUCAAAUGCUGAUGCUUCAGUGUAUGGCUGGGGGCACGCUAACAGUCAUUCAAAUGCUGAUACCUCAGUAAAUGGUUGGGGCCACGCUGACAGUCAAUCAAAUGCUGAUGCUUCAGUGUAUGGCUGGGGGCACGCUAACAGUCAUUCAAAUGCUGAUGCCUCAGUGAAUGGUUGGGGCCACGCUGACAGUCAAUCAAAUGCUGAUGCCUCAGUAAAUGGUUGGGGCCACGCUGACAGUCAAUCAAAUGCUGAUGCUUCAGUGUACGGCUGGGGACACGCUAACAGUCAAUCAAAUGCUGAUACCUCAGUAAAUGGUUGGGGCCACGCUGACAGUCAAUCAAAUGCGGAUGCCUCAGUAAAUGGUUGGGGCCACGCUGACAGUCAAUCAAAUGCUGAUGCCUCAGUAAAUGGUUGGGGCCACGCUGACAGUCAAUCAAAUGCUGAUGCCUCAGUAAAUGGUUGGGGCCACGCUGACAGUCAAUCAAAUGCUGAUGCUUCAGUGUACGGCUGGGGACACGCUAACAGUCAUUCAAAUGCUGAUACCUCAGUAAAUGGUUGGGGCCACGCUGACAGUCAAUCAAAUGCUGAUGCUUCAGUGUAUGGCUGGGGGCACGCUAACAGUCAGUCAAAUGCUGAUGCCUCAGUGAAUGGUUGGGGCCACGCUGACAGUCAAUCAAAUGCUGAUGCUUCAGUGUACGGCUGGGGACACGCUAAUAGUCAGUCAAAUGCUGAUGCCUCAGUGAAUGGUUGGGGACAAGCUAACAGCCAAUCAAAUGCUGAUGCCUCAGUAAAUGGUUGGGGCCACGCUAAUAGUCAAUCAAAUGCUGAUGCCUCAGUAAAUGGCUUAGGUUACGUCAGCAGCUACCCAAGAUUUAAUAAGUUUUCUAAUCGUUUUGGAGACCAGGCUUAUAGUCAAGCCUAUGCUGAUGCCUCAGUAAACUGUUUGGGUUACGCUAAUAGUCUAGCAAAUGCUGAUGCUUCAGUAAAUGGUUGGGGACAAGCUAACAGCCAUUCAAAUGCUGAUGCCUCAGUAAAUGGUUGGGAACAAGCUAACAGCCAUUCAAAUGCUGAUGCCUCAGUAAAUGGUUGGGGACAAGCUAACAGCCAAUCAAAUGCUGAUGCCUCAGUAAAUGGUUGGGGACAAGCUAACAGCCAUUCAAAUGCUGAUGCCUCAGUAAAUGGUUGGGGACAAGCUAACAGCCAUUCAAAUGCUGAUGCCUCAGUAAAUGGUUGGGGACAAGCUAACAGUCAAUCAAAUGCUGACGCUUCAACGAAUGUUUGGGGCAACGCUAAUACUCAGUCAGAUGCUGAUGCCACAACAAUUGGUUGGGCACCAGCUAACAGUCAAUCAUAUGCUGAUGCCUCAGUCAAUGGUUGGGGACAAGCUAAUAGUCAGUCAAAUGCUGAUGCCUCGGUAAAUGGAUGGGGACAAGCUAACAGCCAAUCAAAUGCUGAUGCCUCAGUAAAUGGAUGGGGACAAGCUAACAGCCAUUCAAAUGCUGAUGCCUCAGUAAAUGGAUGGGGACAAGCUAACAGCCAAUCAAAUGCUGAUGCUUCAGUGGGUGGUUGGGGGCCGGGUAUUAGUACGUCAGAUGCUCAAUCUGUCGUUAAUGGUUGGGGGGGACAAGGUAAUAGUUAUGCUGUAGCUGAUUCUUACGUAAAUGGCUGGGGCGGUUACGGUGGUUGGGGAUCACCUAUUACAAAAUUAAAUCCUGAAUCUGCUGUAAAUGGUUGGGGACAUACUAACAGUCUAGCGAAUGCCAAUUCCAUAGCAAAUAAUGGUUGGGGACCAGCUAUCAGUCAAUCAAAUGCUGAAUCAGUAGUAAAUGGUUGGGGACAUACUAACAGUCUAGCGAACGCCAAUUCCGUAGCAAAUAAUGGUUGGGGACAUGCCAACAGUAUAGCGAACGCCAAUUCCGUAGCAAAUAAUGGUUGGGGACCAGCUAUCAGUCAAUCAAAUGCUGAAUCAGUAGUAAAUGGUUGGGGACAUACUAACAGUCUAGCGAACGCCAAUUCCGUAGCAAAUAAUGGUUGGGGACAUGCCAACAGUCUAGCAAAUGCCAAUUCCGUAGCAAAUAAUGGUUGGGGACAUGCCAACAGUCUAGCAAACGCCAAUUCCAUAGCAAACAAUGGUUGGGGACCAGCUAUCAGUCAAUCAAAUGCUGAAUCAGCUAUAAAUGGUUGGGGGCGUGCUAAUAGUCUAGCGAAUGCCAAUUCCAUAGCAAAUAAUGGUUGGGGAUCAGCUAUCAGUCAAUCAAAUGCUCAAUCAGCAGCAAACGGCUGGGGACAUGCCAAUAGUCUGGCAAAUGCAAAUUCAUACAAUUAUAAUAAUUUGUAUCCGAAAUAUGUAGGCGUUUAAGGAUCUUUCGUAAAUGAAAAAAUUACAAAGUAUAUAACAUUUAUUAAUCCUGCAAAAUUACAAAUAAAUUUCAAAUUAGAGUAUUGUACCCUUAGUCCGAGUUUGCUACGUAAUACGAAAACAAAACGAGAGCGUGUUCGGAUUUCUAAUUGGUAACUUCUUCGCGUUCUUUUCGCGCGCCAGUCAAAU